AUGUCCAACGCUGCCACCGUCCACGUUUCGGGCAUCUCGCCCGCCACCUCUGAGAAGGAUGUCCGCGACUUCUUCAGCUUCUGUGGAAAGAUCACCAGUCUGUCCAUUACUCCCACCUCGUCUGAGGCCGACGCUCCCAAGUCCGCCAGCGUGACUUUUGAGAAGGAAGCAGCUGCUAAGACAGCACUGCUGCUCGACCAAACCCAAUUGGGCACCUCGUCGGUGCACGUCGAGGCGGCGCAGAGCAUCGAUGCCCUGGCCGGCGCAUCGGCCACCGACGCCGCCACCGAGAAGGAAGAUGAGGACAUCGCGCAGGAAGAUAAGCCACGCUCACGCAUCAUUGCCGAGUACCUGGCGCACGGGUACGUCGUGAGCGACGGAGCGAUUCAGAAGGCGAUCACACUGGACCAGAAGCACGGCUUCUCGACCAAGUUCACGAGCGCGCUGUCCAACUUUGACAAGAAGUUCAACGCCACCGAGCGCGCCAAGGGUAUUGAUGACAGCUACCAGAUCUCCAACAAGGCUGCCUCCGGCUGGCGCGGCCUGCACUCUUACUUCGAGAAGGCCCUCGAGCACCCCUCCGGCCAGAAGCUGCGCGACUUCUACGUCCAGACCGACAAGCAGGUGCGCGAUAUUCACAACGAGGCGCGCCACCUGGCCGACCUGAAGCAGGGCAAGGGUGGUGAGACUGAGGGCGUUGCUCCUGCUGGCAGCGAGGCUGCUGGCGUUGCCCCUGCUACUGUCCCUGCCUCUCACCCGGCGGGAACUGCUACCCCUGCUGAGCCUAAGGCGUAA